CUCGGAACUAUGGCUCAGCCUCCGGAAUCUGACAUCUCUUCAGAUUUUCCCUUCAUUCUGCGACAUACUGCCGUUCUCGACUCAGAGAUGGCUUACAUCGAUACAGGAAGCACCAAAAGCUCCGCCACAACCGCCAUCCUCCUCCACGGAAAUCCAACUUCGUCGUAUAUUUGGCGGAAUAUCAUACCUCACGUUAGCCCAAAACUCCGCUGCGUGGCUCCAGACCUCAUUGGCAUGGGCAAAUCGGGCAAACCAGACAUAUCCUACCGUUUCGUAGACCACGUUCGCUAUCUCGAUGCAUUUCUCGAUGCCAUCACACCGACUGGAAAAGUCGUCUUCGUGAUCCAAGACUGGGGUUCUGCUUUAGGAUUUCAUUGGGCAAGUCACCAUCAAGACCGUGUGGCUGGUCUAGCUUUCAUGGAGUUCAUUCGACCUUUCCCAGCAUGGGAUGAUGCAGGCAAAAGUCAGGCCGUGGAGACUUUCAAAGCUUUUCGUACUCCGGUCGUGGGGCGUAAACUCCUCAUCGAGGACAAUCUUUUCGUCAAGGCAAUAUUGCCUAAAGGAGUAGUACGGGAGUUGACUGAAGCGGAGAAGACAUAUUAUGAAUCGCCAUUCCUGGAUGAGAAGUCCCGUGAGCCGGUUUAUCGUUGGCCAAACGAGAUACCCAUUGAGGGGUCUCCGGCGGAUGUCUAUGAUAUCGCGGAAAAGUACCACAGUUGGUUGUUGGAUAGCGAAGUUCCAAAGCUUAUGUUUUGGGCGACGCCUGGAACUUUUGUAAGAGAGGAGCAAGCACAAUGGUACAUGGAGAACUUGAAAAAUGUCAGAGGUGUGUUUUUGGGGAAGGGAACGCAUUAUUUGCAGGAGGAUCAUCCACAUAGGAUUGGACAGGAGGUUGCA